CUCCUCCCGCCCCGCACGCCGAGCCCCUCCUGGCGGCCAGUUUGGCACAGCCCCCGGGAUUAGCGGGGGCGCGGCCUAAGCCUCUUUGCUGCCCCCGCCCCCGGCAUGGCCCGGCAUGGACGCCGGCGGCGCUGAGCGGCGCGGCGGGGAGCUGUGCCUGCAGGUGGGCGAUGUCGGCCUGGGCGGCCUCAUCCUGCUGUUGCUGACGGCCCGACCAGGACCGGGCGAUGGGGCUGCCCGCGGAGAGCCCCCCGAGCCCGGAGGGUCGAGGGGACCCCUGGCACGUUCCCUGCAGCGGGCAGAGGCCAUGCUGCGCAGCGUCACCCCGGGGCUGCGGCGCCUGCUGUCCCCGCGGUCAUCCCGGCGCGGCGACAGCGACGAAGACGACGAUGAGGACGAGGACGAAGCAGCGUCCAUGGUGGUCCCGCUGGAGCAAAGCUUCUCAGGGCUGCGCCGCUGCCUCUGCGUCUGGGAGGACCCUCGCACCGAGACUUUCCUGGGCUACGUGCGGCCCCAUCCCGGCGGCGCCGGUGACUUUUCCGAGGACGCGGUGCGGCGGCGCGUGGCGGAGCGGGGAGCGGCCCUGCACGCGCUGCUGCAGCACCGCCACCAGCUGCGCCUGGCCCGCGACUUCACCCGACGCCUCAAGGCCUCCUCCGGCUUCCUGCGGCGGCUGCUGGCGCUGCCGGAGCCCGGGGAGCCCGGUGAGGCGGCGCUGCGGGAGCUGUGCCAGGAGCUGCGGGCGCACGCGGGGCACUGGGCCGCGCUGCUGCGGCGCCUGCGGACGGACGCGUGGCUGCGGGCGCUGCCGCGGCGCCGGGGCCGGGCCGUGCUGCACAUGCGGUGGGCGCUGCUGCUGCCCGCCCUGAUGGCCGCGCGCCUGGCCGGGCGACACAUCGAGGGACGGCUGCGGGAGCUCGGCCGCCCCGGCGCGCCCACACCAGCCUCUGAGUGCCUGGCUGACCUCUUCCAGGGGCUGGAGAUCUACAACCGCGUGGUGCAGGGGCUGGCGGAGGAGCUGGGCCCCGAGGGGAAGGCCCCCGGUGCCUUCACGGUGGGCGGGGUGCUGCGGCUGCUGGCGGCCGAGCGUGGCCGGGCCGUGGCCCAGAGGCUCCAGCCCCUCCUGUGGCCCCAGAAUGGGAUCAUCAGGGAUGGACGUGUCUGCUGGGAGGACGUGAUGGUGCCGUGGCCACCAGGGCACGACGCGGUGGAGAAGGGCGUGGGGACGGACAGAGAACGUUCCGGAGCGGAGGUGCCGCCAGCGCUGGUGGCUGAGCUGCAGGCGCUGUGCCAGGAGGACGAGGAGCUGAUGGGACACGUUUUUGGGGCGCUGGUGGCCUCAGCCGACAGCCUGUGGCAGCCGGUGCUGUCGGAGAGCCCCGAGCCCGCGGGGCUGCGGCCGGGCAGCGCAGGGGGCUGGAAGGCCGUGCGGUGGCUGGACGCUGCCCGUGGCCCCGCAGCUGCUGCGCUGAGUGCCCGCUACCGCCUGCUGCUCUGGGAGGCCGCGGGGGCUGUGCUGGGGGACAGCCUGGGCACCCCUCCUGCCACCCCCAGUGCCACCGUCACCGCGGCGUGGGAGCUGAGCCGUGCGCUCGCUGUUGCCCGUGUGCCCCCUGAGUGCCGGGAGGAGCUGGGGGGGCUCUGCCUGCGCCUGCUGUGCCGGAGCGUCCUCUGCAGCUGGGACACGGAUUUUACCCGUGCUCUGGGCUCAGGGCUGUCAGACAAGUGCUUGGAGGCCCCAGGGGGUCCCCCAGGGCCGGGGUGCAGCCGCACAGCCCAGCAGCUCCGGUGCCUCUUCCCAGCCCUGGCGCUGGCCCUGCGCUGCCUGCGCCUGCUGCCUGCCCGCCCACACGCCCCCCCCGGGGGUCUCUGCCUGCGGCUGCAGGUGUUGGGCCGGUGCCUGGCGGCGGUGGCGGCCGCCCACGCGUGGCUGACGGGCCGGGCUGGGCGGUACCUGGCGGCCUGGGCGCUGCCACAGUUCCUGCUGCUCACCCAGGGAGACCUGCAGGUGCUGAAGGCAGAGGCAGAGCAGCUGAUGCUGCAGGUGAGUGAGACCUUCCCAGAGCCAGGGGACAUUCACGGAGACAGCCCCUCUGAGCCACUCCCCAGCCUGGGAUCCCCGUGGGAGCUUCAGCUGUGCCGGCAGAUCCGUGACAUGGCCAACAGCAUCCAGCUCUUCUCCAGGGACGUGCUCUGGAUGUUCUCCACCAGCUGCAAGCGGCUCUCGGCCGAGAUCUUCGACCAGACGAUGCCACUGGGCCGGCACUGGCGGCUCGGGCUACGCACCGAGCUGCCCAGCUCCCCCAGCGCGUACGCAGCGGCCGCGGUGCAGGCGGUGCUGGGGCAGGUGCUGCAGGGGGCCCAGGCCCUGCCCUACGAUGCCCAGGUGCCCACCCUGGCACGGGUCACCACGGCCUUCCUGGAGGCCUGGAUGGAUCACAUCCUGACCCGCCGGAUCAAGUUCAGCCUGCAGGGUGCCCUGCAGCUGCGGCGGGACUUCGAGGCGGUGCGGGAGCUGGUGUGCUCGGAGCGCUCCGGGCUGGCUCCCGAGGCCCGGCAGGCGCUGCGGGCCCUCUGCGUCUUCCGGCACACGGACACGGCCGUGCGCUGCCUCCUGCAGCAGCCCGGGGGGCUGGGGGGGCCCCCCCGGGGCUGGGGCGGCCUCCGGCGCUGCUGCUCAGACGAAGGCGCCCACCCCCUGGAACCAUCCAUGGACCCUCUCCCUGGCCUGGACCCUCUGGAGGGGUCAAGCCCAAUCCCAGGGACUCCCCCACUGGCCCCAGAGGCCGAUCUCCCGUCCCGUCCCGAGUCCCCGUUCCCGGGCAGCCAGCAGCAGUGGCUGUCCCUGCGGCUGCACCGCGCUCGCCGCUGGCGUGUGCCAGGGCUGCCGUGCGUUGGCAACAGCCCCGAGGGCUGACCUGGAAUAAACCUGGCAACACCA